AUGUCUGUCCACAAGUACCUACGAGGACCGAGUGUUAAACUACCAUUGCGUUUGGUGGAAAAGUUAGUUCUCACGCAUGAUACUAAUUUAUAUACCUUCGGCUUUCCCUCUCAUGACACCAUCCUUGGCCUUCCAGUCGGUGGGUGUGUCCAGCUUCACGCCAAAAUUAAUGGAGAAAAUGUUACACGACCUUACACUCCAGUCACUUUGGAUGACUUCAAAGGAUAUGUCAAGUUUGUUAUUAAGACGUACAGAAAGGACGUGAACCCAAAGUUCCCAGCUGGUGGGAAAAUGUCGCAGUACCUUGAAACCCUUUCUGCUGGUGAUUGCGUAGACGUGGGUGGGCCCUUUGUACGUAUUCACUAUCUAGGAGAUGGUGAUUUUGAGAUCAUGGGUGAACAAGUUCGCAAGCUGAAAGCAAAUUACAUCAACAUGAUUUGUGGUGGUUCUGGACUAACUCCACUAUAUCAGGUUCUGAAGUACAUUCUCAAUUCCUCCACAGAUAAAACCAAAAUUGCCCUAAUUUUCGCGAACCAGACCGAAAAGGAUAUAAUUCUUCGAAAUGAAUUGGAGCAACUGCGUGAUGCUAAUCAGAGCCGGUUUCGUUUGUGGUACACUCUGAGCUCUCCACCAGAAAAUUGGAGUUAUAGUGCAGGGUACAUUGAUCAGGGAAUGAUAGAUGAGCAUUGCUAUCCGGCUGGAGAAAAUACAGUGAAUCUACUCUGUGGUCCACCCAUGAUGAUCAAGAAUGCCUGUAUUCCAGCAUUGAGAGCAUUGGGCCACUCUACUGAAAAUACCCUCACCUUCUAG